CACACACUGUUUACAUUUUCAGCAUAAGAUAAACAACUUUUUUCUUUUUUUUUUUUAAUCCCUGACAGGUUCAUACUUUUACUCACUGCCUCUUAGAUUGCUUCAAGCACAAAAACGUCACUCGUUUCUUUUGACACUCAUUAAAUCAAAGCUUAAUUGUGGGCGGGGCUUAUAAACAGGUUUUACAGGUCAACAGCCUAAUGACUUCACCUUCAAAUUAAACGCACAUACACGCAAACCUCUUUCAGAGACACGACACACAUUUCAGAGACACGACACACAUUUCAGAGACACGACACACACGUUUCAGAGACACAACACACACGUUCUUCUGGAUGUUCCGAUGUAUGCUGGGGUUUGGAGGGUAUGUUGCAGAUGAGGAGCUUGAUCGAGACUGUGACCUCUGCGUUCCUCAUCGCCACUCUCAGUCAUGCUGCACUGCUGCCCGCAUCACUGAAUGUUUCGAUACAGUCGGAGAACAUGAGGCACAUCCUGAAAUGGAGCCCUCUGAAGGAAUCCUGCUUCUCUCUCAACUACACCGUACGGUAUCAGGGUGAGUUUGAAUACAUGCAGAAUGGCAGGUGGCAGGACGAACCCUCGUGUGCCAACAUCGUCCAGACUGAGUGUGACCUGACCGUCGCCUUGAGCUCAGACUCUGAUUACAACAUCAGCGUGCUAGCUUGGUGUGACGACUCGACAUUGUGGACUCAGCUCCCGGAGUCCUUCAACCGCAGAGACACUGUGCUGCUGGCUCCACAAAUGGAUGUGAAUACAAAAGACGACCUAAUUGAAGUUUACUUUGGCGAACGACAAAAUCACAUCAACAUAAACCUUAAAAUUUGGAAGGAAGGAGAUGAGGAGAAUGCCUCCGUUACAGAGAUAACAGGCAACAGGUUCCAUCACCAUGUCGGUCAGGGAGGAGCAGGAACGUACUGUCUGAGAGCCGAGGCUGUACUGGACCUCAGCAACAAGCGAAGCAGCACGGAGAGAUGCGUCCGUGUCAAUGAACCAGAGCCUUCGUUGCUCAUACCACUCACCGCUGGCAUCGCUGUGACGUUAAGCCUAAUGCUGGCUUUGAUUCUGGGGUUAAUUACACCACGCUGUAGCCUCUGGAUCCGGAAGUCUGUGUAUAAGAAAGAGGCGAUGCCUAAAGCUCUGCUCGACUGGUCGAAAAGCACCCCGAUAUUACUCAACAAGGCCCUGCACGAAUCCACACACACCGUCUUUCUGCUAGACCCAUCGCAGGAACCGGAGAGAACGUCAGAGACGAAUGACGACGUGUGAUGAAGUAACGAGUCCA